UACAGAUACACUUCAUAUAAAAGGUAUAUACCAUAAAACUCCCAGAUUCGUUUGAUGUAUCUGCCAUUAAACUAUUACACGAAAUGUGAAAGAGAAAUCUCUGUUCACAUCUCUCUGAUCUUGUUUCCCUAUAUAUGUAAACACAAUCACCAAAUCCUAUAACUUGAAAGAUACACAACUACAAUCUUCUUUAAAGAAAGAAACAAUCUGUUAUUUCAUUUGAAGAUGAAGCUUCUUCACGCAUCAGUCUGUUUGAUCAGUCUUCUCCUAGUCCUACCUUCUAUCUUUGCUGCUUCUUCCUCUAAAGAUUUUGAUUUCUUCUACUUUGUCCAACAAUGGCCAGGAUCAUAUUGUGACACACAGAAGAGUUGUUGUUAUCCAACUUCAGGCAAACCAGCUGCUGAUUUUGGUAUUCAUGGUCUUUGGCCUAACUACAAAGAUGGAACUUAUCCAUCUAACUGUGACGCCACUAAACCAUUCGAUUCAUCAACGAUAUCGGAUCUGAUCAGCUCGAUGAAGCGGAGCUGGCCUACACUAGCUUGUCCGAGCGGUUCAGGCGAGGCGUUUUGGGAACACGAGUGGGAGAAGCAUGGUACUUGCUCCGAAUCGGUUAUCAACCAACAUGAAUAUUUCCAAACUUCUCUUAAACUUAAACAAGAAACCAAUCUUCUUGGAGCUCUAACCAAAGCCGGGAUUAAUCCGGAUGGAAACUCGUACAGUAUAGAGAGCAUAAGAGACUCUAUCAAAGAGUCAACAGGUUUCACUCCUUGGAUUGAGUGUAACAGAGAUGGGUCAGGAAAUAGCCAACUGUACCAAGUCUAUCUAUGUGUUGACCGGUCUGCUUCCGGUUUAAUCGAAUGUCCGGUUUUCCCUCGUGGAAAAUGUGGAACCGAGAUUGAGUUUCCUUCUUUUUAAUAUCUGUUUUCUAGUUUCUUUAUCUAUUGAAUCAAAUCGAUCUUUUGUUCAUGGAGAUCGGUUUCGUUUAAAUAUACUGAAUGUUGUAAUUAAUUUUUAUGGAAGAAUUUAAUUUUAUUAUGUUCUA